AUGGUGGCGAUCAUUGCUGUGGAUGUAGCAUACGCGCUGUAUCAACUCGGGUUGUUCACUUUUCUGCCGGGAUUCGGUGCAAAAGGGAAACAGAUUGACUACUUUAAGGAAUAUAAUCUUGCAAUGGCAAAUUUGUACAAGGGAGUCGAUACAGACCAGGUGAAGCGUGAGCGUGUGCGUUCUGUCGCGGGACUUGUCGCAAUGCCCAAAAUGCCCACACAAACGGACAGGUUGACCGAUACGGCGAAAGAGAUGAUUUGGAACUUCUACCUUGGUUUGAAUGCAAGAACAAGAGACACCAGCGCUGUUGUGGAUGGCGGGUUGAAGAGGCUUGCGAUUCAGCUUGUUGGGCAGGAUCCAAAAGCAGUGAAGAAUGACUUGGCUUUUGGGACGGGUUACAACAAGAGCCUUGCGACAAAGUACUUUUACUAUGCAAAGGAUAUGCUGAAAGUACCAAAGGAGAAGUGGAGCGCUGAGAUGAAGGACGCGUUCGCGAGGAUGAGCGAUUUGUACGUUGCUGGCGGAUUCAGCCGAUCCAAUCAACGGUCGCUGGCUGAUUUUCGUGCGGAUGCGAGGGAAGCUGCAAAAGUCCCUGCAGCGAGCAUCCCAGAAUCACUGCGACUUGUGUCGGGGAGUGGGGCGAACAACAGGGCGUUGCUGGCGAGAGCUAAGACGGUGGAGAGUAGGCUGGACAAUGGACUCAAGCAAUAUCUCGGCAAAUGA